AGCCCGCGCCGCCGCCGUUCCCAGCCGGCUCUGGAACGCGGCCGAGGGCCACGGGGCGGAUUCCGGAGCUGGACUGAGCAUUUGAAAUAUUUCAGCCAUGACUAAGAGAGAAGCAGAAGAACUGAUAGAAAUUGAAAUUGAUGGAACUGAGAAACCUGAGUGCACAGAAGAAAGCAUUGUGGAACAGACCUACACACCAGCUGAAUGUAUAAGCCAGGCCAUAGACAUCAAUGAACCAAUAGGCAAUUUAAAGAAACUACUAGAACCGAGACUGCAGUGUUCUUUGGACGCUCAUGAAAUUUGCCUGCAAGAUAUUCAGCUGGAUCCAGAGCGAAGUUUAUUCGACCAAGGCGUCAAAACAGAUGGAACUGUACAGCUUAGUGUACAGGUAAUUUCUUACCAAGGAAUUGAGCCAAAGCUAAACAUUCUUGAAAUUGUUAAAACUGCGGAAACGGUUGAAGUGGUCAUUGAUCCAGAUGCCCACCAUGCAGAAGCAGAGGCACAUCUCGUUGAAGAAGCUCAAGUGAUAACUCUAGAUGGCACCAAGCAUAUUACAACUAUUUCUGAUGAAACCUCGGAGCAAGUGACAAGAUGGGCUGCUGCACUGGAAGGCUACAGAAAAGAGCAGGAACGCCUUGGGAUCCCCUAUGAUCCUAUACAGUGGUCCACAGACCAAGUCCUGCAUUGGGUAGUUUGGGUAAUGAAGGAGUUCAGCAUGACUGAUAUAGACCUCACCACACUCAACAUUUCGGGAAGAGAAUUAUGUAGUCUCAACCAAGAAGAUUUUUUUCAGCGGGUCCCUCGGGGAGAAAUUCUCUGGAGUCAUCUGGAGCUUCUUCGAAAAUAUGUUUUGGCAAGCCAAGAACAACAGAUGAACGAGAUAGUUACAAUUGACCAGCCUGUGCAAAUUAUCCCAGCAUCGGUACAGUCUGCUACACCAACUACGAUCAAAGUUAUAAACAGUAGUGCAAAGGCAGCCAAAGUGCAGAGGUCCCCAAGGAUUUCGGGAGAAGAUAGAAGCUCACCUGGAAAUAGAACAGAUUUAGGAAACAAUGGUCAGAUCCAACUGUGGCAGUUUUUGUUAGAACUUCUCACUGACAAGGAUGCUCGAGACUGUAUUUCUUGGGUUGGUGAUGAAGGCGAAUUUAAGCUAAAUCAACCUGAAUUGGUUGCACAAAAAUGGGGACAGCGUAAAAACAAGCCUACAAUGAACUAUGAGAAACUCAGCCGUGCGUUACGGUAUUAUUAUGAUGGGGACAUGAUUUGUAAAGUUCAAGGCAAGAGAUUUGUAUACAAAUUUGUUUGUGACUUGAAGACUCUUAUUGGAUACAGUGCAGCAGAACUGAACCGCUUAGUCACAGAAUGUGAACAGAAGAAACUUGCAAAGAUGCAGCUCCAUGGAAUCGCCCAACCAGUCACAGCCGUAGCCCUGGCUGCUGCCUCUCUACAAACAGAAAAGGACAAUUGAGAUCUAGGACCUCCUAGGAAUCUAAGGCUUUUCUUAAAUAUUUAGAGCAAGCUUUGCUCUAACAUUUAUUACUGAAUUUGAAUCUUAUUUCUAGACUGUACAAUCUAAUGCAUGAUUUUUUUUAUAAAUAUUUCAUACUCUUGUGAAUUUGGAUCUUUUUACUUUGAGCAUAUAUUUUAGAAAAUGUGUUAAAGGAUCUCCACGAUGCCUGAAGUCUGAGAGCAGGUUCAUCGUGGGGUAGUUUGCUAACAGUCAGGAAAGCUAAACUGGUCAGUAUUAAUGUCUAGCCCUACCAAAAACAGCCAGUAGCGUCUGAAGAUGACAGUAAGGAAGUGUCUCUAGGAAACAGCCUGGUGUAACCAUUGCCAGAGUGAAGCUGUUUCCCCUCUGCUGCUUUACAUAGAGCUGCCAAAAGGAAGUUCUCAGCUAAAGCAUGUGUGCCUGUUUCAUCUAAUCAAGCAGAGCUAAGUGUUCAUAUAGAAUAAAAUUAUAUUGAUAAUUACUGAACUAUCAGGUUAUUAAUUUAUAUAUUUACAAGUAAAGAAUAAGUUAACUGGCGGAAGAGUGUAUUAGAUGAGACCGGUUUAAAGCCGGCUUAACUGAAGCCUUUACUAAUGGUUCUCUGUAUAGUUUAUUAUGUCAGGCCAAGGACUUAAAUUAUUUCAAGAAAGGCAUUUAAUUCUAAUAAACCAGCUAUUGCAAAAAAAUUCCAAAAUAAUACCAUUCUUUGGAUUUUAAAAAGUAUACCUCAGUAAGAAAAUAAAAAUUUGGUUUAGACUUCUUUUUUUAAAAAAACUAAUCUAUAGUAUCAGAUUAUUGUGCGACACCAUUUAUGUAUUCAUUUCUGUGUUUCUGAUAAAAUGAAGACUUUAGAUCAGACAAAAGUACUUAACUUUGAAAAUGUUAGUAAAUUACUUGUGAAUAGUUAUAAAUGGAUUUGGCUUGGCGCUGUAGGAGAUCUUUAAAUAAACUUCCCCACUUGUUUCAUU